ACCCCACCAGACGAACCCCUACAGAUACUUCAAGAAUUCCUCCAUGGUCGACCGGAAACUAGAUGAGAAUAUUUCGCAGUUCUGUGCGGUGACAGGGGCGUCCGCGAGAGAUGCCAGAAAGUUCUUAGAGGCCCACAAACGAGUAGACGUAGCCAUCGACGCCUACUACAACGAUCCAAAUGCCUUUAGCACUCCCACGAAGCAGAAAGCGAGAGACACAGGCCCACCAUCAACGGGUAAACUGAGCACGCUGUUCGAUAAAUACAAGGACCCAGAUAGCAAAGAGAUUACCGUUGACGGAACCAUCAGGCUUUGUGAGGAUCUCGCGGUCAACCCCGAGGACGUUGUACUGCUUGCGAUUGCGUACGAGCUCAAGUCACCGAGAGUUGGGGAAUGGACAAAGCAAGGAUGGACAGAGGGGUGGAAGAACCUUGGCAUGAAGACCACUUUGGUGCAGCUGCGAGACCAGCUCGGACGAGAACCAGACUAUUUCCAAAAGGUGUACAAUCACACAUUUGAGUUUGCGCGGAGCGAUGGGCAACGAAGCCUUGGCAUCGAGACUGCCCAGGCUUUUUGGGGUCUUCUUCUUCCGCAUGGGCUUCAUGGUGGGGCGUUGGCCCGCGUCGACACCGACGGUGACGUCAGGAUGGACAAUAAAAGUGAUGGGUGGAAGGAAGAGUAUACGACAUGGUGGUUCGAUUUCUUGAACGAAAAGGGCGGCAAAGGCGUCAGCAAAGAUACUUGGGUCAUGUUCCUCGACUUCAUCCGCUCGAUUGAUUGCAAAUUUACUGAGUAUGACACAGAGGGAUCGUGGCCAUCGACGAUAGAUGAUUUUGUAGAGUAUGCGCGGAAGCGCCUUGCUUCGGGGGUAUGAAUGCCGGGACUUCGCCAACGUGUCAUAGAUAUUCUUGUAUCACCUUAAUCGCUUCAGAUGUCUGUUAAUUGGAAUCGCAAGAUAGGA